AUCUCAAGAAAGCGUGCUGGUGCUCGGACUGACCGUUUCAAAAUCAGUUUCAAGCUGGCAAUCGAACGAGUCACACAUUUGGUGUAGAGAGUUUUCAGCAAGUAACACAUGAGUCAACUGCGACGCUCUCAGUAGCUUAGAAAGAACAUAUAUCUAUAUUUCUACACAUAUAUACUAGAGAUCAAAGUACAAACUAUAUGUUGGUGGAAAAAGUGUCGUCCGUUGAGUUAAUUCGCUUUGGAAAAUUCAGUGAAAAUAAUCGAUAUUAACGCUUAUUGGGCAGCGCACGUGACGUGUUCAAUUUGACAAAAUAAAACGAACUGAACGCUUUUUUAAGACGUGAAUUGUUGUAAAUAACAGUUGAAAAAACAUUCCAGUAACAAAAAGUGUUGUGUACAAUAAAUAAAACAACAAAAAUAAGCGAAAAAAACUUAGUGUUAAAAAAAUAACAUACAUUUUUAAUUUUAUGCGCUUUUAUGCUUGCAAGGUUGCAUGAAAACCAGUGAUUUUUUAAGAAAAUCUACAACAACAAUCUCACACCAACAAAAAUAAAAGAAAGAUGACAGUCUCAACAUUAAAUAUGACACCAUACUUUGCUGGAUAUCCCUUCCAAGGACAAGGACGCGUCAACCAACUCGGCGGAGUCUUCAUUAAUGGACGUCCACUACCCAAUCACAUACGUCGUCAAAUUGUCGAAAUGGCCGCUGCCGGCGUACGCCCGUGCGUCAUCUCACGCCAGUUGCGCGUCUCACAUGGCUGCGUCUCGAAAAUAUUAAACCGCUACCAGGAAACCGGCUCCAUACGUCCAGGCGUUAUUGGCGGCAGCAAGCCGCGCGUUGCCACACCGGAUAUUGAGUCGAAAAUUGAGGAGAUGAAGAAUGCCAAUCCCGGCAUUUUCAGCUGGGAAAUACGCGCUAAACUCAUUGAGUCCGGUUUGUGCGAUAAGAAUACCGCGCCUUCGGUUAGCUCGAUCAGCCGCUUGCUGCGUGGCGGCAAUAGUGGCGCGCACUCUGAGUCAGGCAGCUCAGCGCAUUCCAUUGAUGGCAUACUCGGCGCUGGCGGUUUAUCGAAUGGCUCUGGCGAUGAGAGUGACGAUGAUGCCGAACCGGGUGUACAGCUGAAGCGCAAGCAGCGUCGUUCGCGCACCACCUUCUCGAACGAUCAAAUCGAUGCAUUGGAGCGCAUAUUCGCACGCACACAAUAUCCGGAUGUAUACACACGUGAGGAGUUGGCGCAGAGCACCGGCCUGACCGAAGCGCGCGUACAGGUGUGGUUCUCGAAUAGGCGUGCGCGUUUGCGCAAACAAUUGAACACCACACAACAAGUAUCCAGCUUUGCUGCUAGCACCGCGGGUGGACUCAGCUCGGCAGGCUUUGCUAGCGCCGCCGCCGUUGCUUCACAAUAUCAUCCACAUCACCAUGCGCAUCAUCAUCAUCAUCAUAGCAGUGCUGCUGCUGCCGCCGCUGCUGCUGCACACACCAUGUCCGCUUCGGCUGCUGCACUCUCACACAAUCACUCCCAUCAAAUGGGUUUAUACAGUCAAGCUUGGAAUACAUUUGGCAGUAGUGCCGCCACACAAGCCGCGGCCGUUGCUGCUGCCUCUAAUGUCUUUGAACCGCAUCAGAAUUUCGCUCACUCAAGCGGUUCGGUAGCGUCUAUGUCGCCAACAAGUAGCGCCGCCAGUUCGGCUUCACUGAGUCCAGCGCAUCAGGCAGGCGCUACUGUCAGCAAUACCAACAACGAUGUGGGCAACAACAAUUACAGCAACAACUCAAAUUACGGCAUGCCGUCGGCCACCACAACCAGCUCAGCUACAUCUGUGGCUGUCAAUAGCAGCUCUGCACCAGCCACUGCCGCAACCAACUCUGCACCUUAUGCCACAUCCUCCACAGCUUAUGGUUUAAGCGCCAGCAGCAACUUCACCACUGCCACUUCAGCUGAGCAGCUACGCUCGCAAUUCGCUUCGGCUGCUGCUUCGGGCUCCCAUCAUCCCGCUAUGUCGUCAUGGGACUCGUACAAUUUCCCCGGCUCGUUCUUCUCGUCGGGCGCAAAUCACAUGGGUGGCUAUUCGCAGAGUAUGAGCGAGCACAAAUCGGCAGCCAGCGCAGCAGGCUAUCCUUAUUUCGGUUUCUAAGUUGAUAUGAAAUAGAAAUCGUGAAUCACAAAGCUCUAGCAAUUAUAUUGUAAGACUGUAGAAUCAGUAAAUCAGUAAAUCAGUGAGGAACUUAUAUAAUUAUUAUAGUGUAGAAACUACGGGACCACUCAACCAGUUGAAUAGAUAAAUUAUACCUGUGCCUCGAUAAUUUUAAUAUAUUAUAUAUGAACUAUGGGUAUUCUGUAGAGCUCAAGACUGAGUACUUUGUAUGUAUUUAACUGAUUAUUUUACUUUUGUUGUAUUCUUUAUAAUUAUUUUGGCAUGUAUUUAUUUCCUAAGAUACAUAUUGAAU